UCCUCUUUAAAAGAUUUUCUUUUAUAUUUAAUAUGUUUAUAUGUGGUGUCUUUGACACAGUUAAGAUACUUGUGGUUCAGCGGUUAUAUCCAACUACCUCCCCUAGACACAUUGGCUUGCCAAAAGUCCACCACUCUUGACCAUUAUUUUUAAUGAAAAGUAGAGACAAAAAUAUGUUUUAAAGCAUUGGGUAAUACGUAGCUGGAGACUUAAUACACAAACUGUCUUUGUCAGGACUAUAAGCCACUAGACUAGUAUUGAGACCUUGUAUUAUCAGCGCCUAAAGUAAAUUUAACUCCUAACCACAGAGCUCACAGCAGAUAAUUAGCCGCUAGGAAUGUUUGGUUCUCAGAACAUGGCCCCCGAAUGUCAGGAAAGUUUGGGUAAAUGUACAGAGCCUCCUUAUGGAAAAUUCCAGUGGGAUUCCCGUGAGAAAUUUCCAAUGGGAUUCCCAUAGGAAAGUUCUCAUGAGAAUAUCAUUGGAUUCCCAUUGUGAAACAUGGGAUUUUAAUGGGAAUCCAGUGGGUUUCUCGUCAGAAAAGUCAUUUAUUGGGCAUUCUUUCAUAAUCCAGGUUGGAUUUUGAUGGAUUAUUUAAUUGAUGGUCAUGGGAUUGUCGUGGGGUUUCUCUCAUGAUGAAAUUAUAAAAUGAGCGUAAUUGGACAUCUCGAUUGCCACUCAUGCUCAUUUCAUCAUUUCAUUAUGAAAGAAACCUUGCAGCUACCUUUCUAAUUAUUUUUGCAGUUUGAAUUUCAAAACGGAACAUUCUAAGGUUGUUCCUUCAAAGUUCUUUCUGAGUUUAAGGUAAAGUUCAAGGCACAUCCGAGAAACUGGACAAAUGUAUCCACUGGACAAAUUUCCUCAGGAAUGAUAGCAAUGUCAAAAAAACACUAAUUUCAAUACAUUCACUCAGUGCAUUCUUUAAGUCCCAUUCUCAAGCCCCAUACUUCAGGCAUAUCACAGAAAAACCACCACUUCAGUGAAUAUACAAAUGGUCCCACAGUCCAUUUAACGUUUCAGUCACCGAACUCUACAUGUAUGGAUAGUGUUCCCCGUGACUAUCACAUAAAACAGUCGUGCUACUUUGGCGCCAUCCACCGGCAACAACCCGAUAGACUAGAAUAAACCUGUUUGCAGGAUAGGCUUGACCCACUCAAUUAUAUUUCGCUUUCACAGUUGACAUAAUUUGGAGUUCUGUCUCUGAAAAAGAAGUUCGGUAAGCAACAAUAAUCAAUUAUGGGUGUCAUCUUGUUGAAUUAUUUUGAAACUGAUAUUAUUAAAAAUAUCGUUUAAAAAAACUUGUACUUACGAUCGAUGCAAUUAUAAUUAGUUUAUCCUAAAAUAUAAUAGAGAAUUUGUAUAUAACAGACAUGAGCCCAUGUCACGUGUUACGAAGGACGGGAUUUCCUUGUCACCUUCAAGUAAUGUGAUGCCUGUGAUCGGAGGAAGGCAUGCGGUGUUCCUCGAGUGAAAAUGACAGACAAGCAUCCCAUCGUUUUUACCAUAAAGCAGACGUCAGUGGCUUCGCAGUCCUUGACUCUAUGGACUCACAUGACGUUACGACGAUGUUGGAGUGUGCUGUUCCCGCUUCGGAGGUCGCCAGACAAAGAAUGGGAUCAGACACUGAAAACAGUUACGCACAUACACGGGGAGAGAUAAGUAGUACUUAUAUAGGCUGCUACCCAAAUCGAGCUGGAUUUCAGCGAAAGAGGACAGAGAAAGAAAUAUUUGGGUGAAUAUUGAGAGGAGACAUAAUCAGAUAGAGGAAUAAGUGGACCACCGGUUGGAUUCCUUGCUGCUGUGGGUUAGUGGAUUAGUAAAGUGUGAGUACUCUGGAGGUCUCCAUCCUUUUGCCUUGUGAUUGAAAAGCGCUGAAAUUGAGACAGCAUCAGAGUGUGGCCUAGGCACUUUCAGAGUCUCAGUGAGCAUCAGCACGUCAGUGUGGAAUGGGCCUCACUCUUUGCCGGUGGCUGUGUCCUGACCGCACUUGGAGAAAAAGGGCCCCGCCCUCUUUGUCCUCCUCACCCUUCCACCCUCUGGCUGUGACCACACCGUUCCGACUGGCUGUCCUGUUGGACGGCCCGCCUGCCUGCUUCACUGGCCCCAAGUCCUCUUGGAGCCCCGUGCACCACUCCCCCAACUUCUCCCUCUCCCGGGACGGGACUGUGGCUCAGCGCACUCCUGCGGAGCAGAGCACGGACGGGGUGCGAGGGGCAGAGGGGGAGCAGGGUGGGCUGCACGUGUGGGCGGUAGACUGGGACCCAGCAGAGAGGGGGAGCCAUGCCGUGCUGGGGGUGUCCACUCAACACUGCCCCCUGCAGGCGUCUGGGUACACAGCGCUGGUGGGAGGAGACGCUGAGUCUUGGGGCUGGGAGCUGGGCUCCAAUGAGGUUUGGCACAACGGCGUGCCGUGCGGCCGCUACCCCAGGAUGGGGACAGAGCUGGGGGAACAGGAGCGAGAGCAGCGCCCUCUGCUGGCCGUGCCAGGUCGUGUGCUGAUGGUGCUGGACGGGGAUGCUGGGACUCUGGGCUUUGUGGUGGACGGCUGCUUCCUGGGCAUGGCUGUGUGGAAUCUGCCUCUCGGGGUGCGGCUCUUUCCUGCAGUGAGCAGUGUGUGGGGGGGGUCCCGCAUCACCCUGCGCUAUCUCAAUGGAGGACCCAGAGAGCCCCCGUCACUCACAUCUCUGUGCCGCCUCUCAGUCCGCUUGUCCCUGGGGAGGGACAGGGAGACACCCCCUGCCCUGGAGAGACUCCUCUGGCAUGUCCCACCUGGUCUAAAGCCACUUCUCAGGAACAGCACUUGCUAGCACUGUAAGGACACACCCCCCUCUGUCCCCAAGACCCGUCUGCCCUCCAGUACAUUAUGCUCCUACAGACAUUUGAUAUAAUCAACUCUGAUUGACUCAUGUUUUAGAAUAAGUAUUUUAUCAUAUGUGUUUAUUUGUAUUUUUUCCUAAUUAUUUAUGGUUGUAUCUUCAGAUAGGAAUUGGAUAAUUAAUUUUAGGUGUGUUUUUGGAUUCAGGGUGAUUCUUUUCUUUCAGUAAAUUGUUUGUUUUAAUAGUAGCUCUUUUAAUUACAAGAUUGAGCUAUCUAUUCUUAUGUAAGCCCAUCAUUUUAUAAAAUCAGGGGAGUCAAAUAUAGGAUACAAAAGACAGGAUCUAUUUUAAUCAUUUUGAUUUUGCAGACACAGAUUAAGCCUAGUCAUUGACUAAAUUCAAUUUUGA